AUGUCCGACUAUUUCGAGCCGCGCGAGUUGUCGAAUGCCUUCCGAUUUCUGCUCGCCGCCCAACUCGACGCGAUCGCCGUUGACGGUGUGAUGCCGUCGACACACGGAGCCCUGUCGAAGUUGUUGUGCUCGUGCUAUUCGAAAGACGCCGAGAUCAGCGACAUCUAUAGUGCGACACCAGCUGCCGACAUCACGCGGGAAACGCCGACGUCGCCGCGAGCCGCGAAAUGUCCGCAGCCGCAUGACGACAAGACGAUUAUCGUGCACGCUCAUGAUGGCGAUGAUGAUGAUGAUACAUCGAAGACGCAAAUGAUGCUCUCAACUAUGAAGAAUCCGUAUCAGGCGACGUCGCCUCCGGCCACCACCAACAACCAUUCGAAUCAUCGGAUGAUCAUUGAGGAUGUUACCGAUGAUCCGCAGUACUCCUCAUAUGGAAAUGAGAACGAGAAGCCGGCCGAAGAAGGAGCGUUCAUCGAAUACGAGAAGCUCGACAAGACCAGCGAGCCGGCCGCGUUUCAGGUUUGCCGCUCGACAACCGCCGUCGUCAGCCAAUCGGGCAACAAUAUUCGGCCAAAUCUCAAGAUGACAAUUGGGGGUGGAAUGGCUCGCGAUAUGCGUCCGGCUUCGAUGGUCCUUAACGAUGUCGAAGAAGGCGCGAAAUGUUGGCAAAAGGAGUGCCGCUACGGAUGGAAGCCGCAUGCAUGGAGUUAUUCAAGUUUACUCACAAAGCUGGCGCUUAUGUUCGAUCUUCCGCCUGGCAUCGUUCACGCGCGGAAGAUCGAACAUUACCGCUUGCUUGAUGAGUAA